CCUGCGCAGACCCUGAAAAGCAGCGGGGGUGGCCCCGAGCUUCCCUUUUCCGGUUACAAGGCCGCGCGGUGAGGUUCUCUUCUACGCCCGCAGCCAUGCCGUCUAAGGGCCCUCUGCAGUCUGUGCAGGUCUUCGGACGCAAGAAGACGGCCACAGCCGUGGCGCACUGCAAACGGGGCAACGGCCUUAUCAAGGUGAACGGGCGGCCGCUGGAAAUGAUUGAACCGCGCACGUUGCAAUAUAAGCUACUGGAACCUGUUCUGCUUCUGGGCAAGGAGCGGUUUGCUGGUGUGGACAUCCGUGUCCGUGUAAAGGGUGGUGGCCACGUGGCCCAGAUUUAUGGUGAGUCCCAGGAACUGGGCAUGUGGGUGGGAGGUGGCUCUGGGAGCGAGGCCCCAGUCUUAGUCCUCCACGAAGCUCAUGUACUCUUUAUUGUAUCUUCCUCACAGCUAUCCGCCAGUCCAUCUCCAAAGCCCUGGUGGCCUAUUACCAGAAAUAUGUGGAUGAGGCUUCCAAGAAGGAGAUCAAGGACAUCCUCAUCCAGUAUGACCGGACCCUGCUGGUAGCUGACCCCCGUCGCUGCGAAUCCAAAAAGUUUGGAGGCCCUGGUGCCCGUGCUCGCUACCAGAAAUCCUAUCGAUAAGCCCAUUGCAAGGAUUGGAGUUCAUCUUUAUAAUAAACAAUGGUUGUGGGGGUUUAAGAUUUGAA